GUUCUUCCGGGUCAACGCCGCUUCGAACUGCAGAAACACAACAGUAGCCUCUCUCUCGCGUUAACGUUGAAUAUCAGCUGAUGUGUUUCAAGUUUGAAUGAUUUUAAACACCAGAGAGACAGAGGACACGAACUGAAGACCAGACCAUGUCCGGUUUACCUCCCGGAGACCCUCAGCUGGUCUCUAUGAUCGUGAAUCAUUUAAAAACUCAGGGACUCUUCGAUCAGUUCCGGAGGGAGUGCCUGGCUGACGUCGAUACAAAGCCUGCUUACCUGAACCUGAAACAGAGAGUGGAUAACUUUGUCUCCAAUCACCUCUCUAACCACACAUGGAGCCCUCAUUUGAACAAGAACCAGCUGAGAAACAACAUCCGACAGCUGGUGCUCCAGUCUGGGAUGCUGGAGCAGGGCGUGGACAGGAUCGUGGCCCAGGUGGUGGAUCCUAAAAUCAACCAUAUCUUCAGGCCGCAGGUGGAGAGGGUGGUCCGGGAGUUUCUGUCACCUGGCAGCUGCUCUGAGGAGCCGCCUCCCCCGCUGCCUCUGCCAGAGACCAAACCAGACAGCAGCCUUCUGGAGCCAGCCACGUCGUCUGCUCCGCCCCCCAGCGACGCCAUGUCCAUCCUGGAAACCAUCUCCUCCCUGAACCAGGAGGCCAGCGUCAGGGCCAGCUCAGACAAAGGACGCAGAGCUCCAGACGAGCAGCUGCUGGAGGAGGGAGAGCAGGACAUGGAAAUGGUUGAGGAAGGAGACGGAAAGACGCCAGAACAGUCAGGGGAGUCUGAGGUCCAAGUGUUUGAGGUGAAGACGGAGGACGCUCAGGAACAUGUGGAUCUGGGUAAAGAAGGGUUAAUAGUGGAGGUGAAAGUAGAAGAAGAGGAGUCGGGAGCGAAGGAGCCGACAGAGGAGGAGAAAGAUAAAACUGCAAGCAGAGCGAGUGGCAAACCAGCCGAGGACAAGCAGGAUGAAGAUCCACUUAAAUCUACGAGUCAGGCCAAGCAGAAAGCCAGAGAGAGGAUCAAAGAAGAAUACUUUCUGGAGGAUUCCGACCUCGACGGUCUGAGUGACAUCACAGUGAGCUCGGUCCACACCAGUGACCUGUCGUCCUUCGAGGAGGAGAGCGAGGACGAGGAGCUGCAGUCGGAUUCCUCAGAGGAGGGCGAGCUUCCAUCAGACGAUCAAGGUGAAGAGAACAAACACGGGGACGCAGGAGACGAGCGCAAACCUCGCCGCAAAGCCUACGUCCACAAGCCGUUCCUGUACUCCCGUUACUAUAGCGACUCGGAUGAUGAGAUCACCGUGGAGGAGCGGCGCAGAUCUGCGGCGAAGGACAAAGAGGAACGUCUGCUCAAAAGACAACAGAACCGAGAGCGUAUGGAAGAUAAGAGGAAGCAGAAAGCUCUGCAUGCUGAGGAACAAGAUCACAAGAAACAAAAGAGCGGGGACUGUGGGGGGCUCGAGGGUCCCCGAGCCAAAGAGGCUCGCAAAGAGAGGAAGGUGCUGGAGAAGAAGAUGGCGCUCAGCAGGAAGAGGAAGCUGGACUCAAGGAAAGAGGGCGAUGUGUCCAAUAAGAAGAGAGGAGACUGUGAAGGAUCAAAGAGAGGGGGGGAAGUGAAAUCUGCAGCAGCAAAGACGACGCAACCAAAACUAUCCAGAAAUCUGUCCGAGUCGGCGUCGUCUGACGAGAGGCGCAGACGAACGAGCGGCAGCGUAUCCGAAGACUCCAGCGACGCCAAGAAGCUGUCGGAGAAAGGUCGCACGCACUCGUUCAUCCUGGAGCUGGAGCAGGGCGCCCAGGAGGCGCUCCGACAGCGCUCUGUGGGCAAGUUUGAUCGACUCUACCGCAAAGAGAGAGAGCGCAGCUCGACCGACGAGCGCGCCAAACUCAAGAAGAAACCUGAGGUGGACGACGCUCCGCAGGGGGGCGGGGCUUCUGUCAAAGCGUCCUCUGACGAGAAGGGGGACAAAAAGGCCAAGGUUAAAACAGAGAAGAAGGCGGCGUCGACUCCGAGAGAAGGAAAGUCGUCUGAGGCAGACGAGAGUCCGAAAGACGCUCCUGUGAAGAAGCUGAAAGCUGCGUCUGUGGAGGCCGGCAGAGCAGAGAAAGAGAAACUCAGAGAGAGAGAGAAGAAAGAGAAGAAAGAGAAGAGCUCAGCUAAAGGAGACUUGAAGCUCCGCCCAGACUCCACAGGCUCCUCUGAGGAGCGCUCCGACCUGGAGCCGGGAUCCGACAGCAGCAAGAAGAAAGACAAACACUCCAAAGAAGUUGUGAAGAGGUCCAAGAGCCAGAGCGAGGAGCGAGCCGGGGAAAAAGCCAAACCUAAAGAUCAAGACAUCGUGAAGUCAAACAAGCUCAAGGCGACAGAGAGAGGGAAAAACUUUGAGAAAUCCAAAUCGAAAUCCAAAGAGGAAGCUAAGACGGUGUCAUCAUCAAAGGGGGACAAUAAAGCUUCAGAAGUAAGAAGUGUGGGGGGGGCGGCGGUGAGCAAACCAGAGAAGAAGAAAGAACAGAAAGUCCCUGAGGAACUCCUCCAGAAGAAAGUCCCUGAGGAACUCCUCCAGGAGAAAGUCCCUGAGGAACCCCUCCAGGAGAAAGUCCCUGAGGAACUCCUCCAGGAGAAAGUCCCUGAGGAACCCCUCCAGGAGAAAGUCCAUGAGGAACUCCUCCAGGAGAAAGUCCCUGAGGAACCCCUCCAGGAGAAAGUCCCUGAGGAACCCCUCCAGGAGAAAGUCCCUGAGGAACCCCUCCAGAAGAAAGUCCCUGAGGAACUUCUCCAGAAGAAAGUCCCUGAGGAACUCCUCCAGAAGAAAGUCCCUGAGGAACCCCUCCAGAAGAAAGUCCCUGAGGAACCCCUCCAGAAGAAAGUCCCUGAGGAACCCCUCCAGGAGAAAGUCCCUGAGGAACCCCUCCAGGAGAAAGUCACUGAGGAACCCCUCCAGGAGAAACCAGAAGUGAAGAGCACAAAGAAGAGAGGGAAGAAAGAAAGAUGUGAGAGGCCCUCAAAGUCUGUUUCCUGUCAGAGCCUCGAUGCAGAGGAGGCGCUGAAGACAGACUCCGCCCCCGUCACCACCUCCUUCUCUGACGACACCUGCGAUGCGUUCAGCGACAUCACCCCAGAGCCACCAGAGGGCGACACUGAGUCCCGGCUCAGCGAGAUGCCAGCGGAGGCCGACGCCCUGCUCGCUCUCAUGGACGUUUGCACCUCAGCGGAGGCGAGACUUCCACAUGAGCGAGGCGAAGAGGAGGCACCGCCCGAGCUGGAGGACGCCGACAUGAAGAUGAAAGAAGCAGCUCUGACACUGCUCUCCAUGGAUCCUGACAGCACAGUGACCUCCACCUUGUGCCAGGAUGAAAGAGAAGAAGAAGAGGCUCCUCCUCCUCCUCAGGUGGAAGCAGCUGAUUCUUUAAAGGAGACGUCAUCAGUCACAUGUCAGGAAACAGAGAAACAAGAAGCUGCAGAUUUAUCUGAAACGACAGAGAAAGAAAUGGACGUUGGCGAGUUCGAUUCCCAGUCUGUGGCUCUGCAGGAAGUUGACACCACCUCAGAUGAAGCUCAGACCCAAUCAAAGGAGGAUGAGACCUGUGAGACUCCUCCUGAAUCACAACCAGAUGAAGCUGCGUCAGACGAGGUGGGAGAGGCCACAGCGUUAGUUGUGUCUGAUUCCAGUAAACGAGAGCAAAGUGCGCCGGACGUGACGGACACAAAGACGAGACCCGAGACGGAGGAAGUUAACGCUGAAGACGACGCGGCGGACACAGAACAAAGUGAAGCUGAGACGAAGACGGAGGAGGAAGAAACCACUCCGAGUGAAAAUCAAACUACGGAGUCGCUGAUCCUGGAGGAGGAGAAGCUGAGAGAGAGAGGAGCGGAGGAGGAGAAGCUGAGAGAGAGAGGAGCGGAGGAGGAGAAGCUGAGAGAGAGAGGAGCGGAGGAGGAGAAGCUGAGAGAGAGAGGAGCGGAGGAGGAGAAGCUGAGAGAGAGAGGAGCGGAGGCUUCACAGAGUCAGACGAAGCUUCUCAAACAAAUCAGUGACGAGAAAGACGAGAGGGGAAGUAAAGAGACGGCGCCUGCAGAGGAACCUGAUGAGGGGAACGCUGUGGAAGUGAGAACGCCACGCAGGGGGCGAUCAUCCAAAACCACAGAGGAGGUGGAGAAGGAGGAGCCUCGGAGCCGUUGGGGAAGACGUUCAGGAGCGGCAGCGGCGAGUAAGAGUCCGGACGAUCAGAAGACGGAGAAUAAAGACGAGGAUGAAGACGGUUCACCCAAUCGAGCGGCGCCGACCGAAGCGCGAGCGGAGGACGAGAGCGCAUCAGAGACGAGCGGGCGCCGUCAGGUGAACGUGUCGUCUGCUGCUCCUGAAGGAAGUGAAGCUGCGGACGCCACAGAGACCGGUGGACCAACGCUGAAGAGGAAGCGGUCGGAGGAAGAGGAGGAAAAUGUUGAGGAAACAGAAACUGAAGAAGAAGAAGACACACAGCUGGACCAAAGUGAACAACGACCUCAUGAAGAUAGAGUUUGCUCGCCGUCUGCUGUCCAGGCUGAAGGUCAGGAGGAGGUUGAGGAGACGAGCAGCGAGAAGCCCCCAGACGAGCAGCAGGAGGAGACGACUCCAAAGAGAUCAGGUCGGAGGGGACGACCGGCGAAGGGAGCAUCAGCUGCAGAGGACUCAGAUAAAAAAGACAAAAAGGCCGAAGACAGCGAGCAGAACGAAGACGAGGACGAGGACGACGGCGAGAGGGACGAGGAGGGAAAAGGAAAGGCUACCAGAGCGACCACACGGGCGGCGUCUCGUCUGGAGGCUGAAAGAAACAAGCCGAGCAAACCGUCGACCCGGGCAAGUCGUCAGACGGGUAAAGAGGAGACCGCAGCGGGCACGCGCGGGACGAGGGGCCAGGCUGCAGCGGCCAAGGGGGGCCGCAAAAGGGAGGCCAGCCCCCCUGCUGUGCGGACGCGGGGGGGGAAACCAGACGAGCCCCCCCCCAAGAGAGCCAAACGCUAAAACAACGUGAAGACGGCGUCCGACUGCAGACGACAUCAUCAUUCCUCUGAGCCAAUCAGAGGCCUGAAGCUCUGAGAUGACGUCUGGAACGCCUUCCUCUCGGCAGACGCCGCCGUCACACACACGAGGAGGUCGUGGUGAAUCGUUGUUUUCAUUCUGUGAAUGAAAGGAGUCGCUGGUUUUACUCUUUAAAACGUGUUUUUUGAUGUGAGAGCGGCGGCGAGGUGCGCCGUACCUGCUGCACGCUAACGACUGUUUGUACCUACAGCGAGGUGAUGUCGUCGUUUUUUACUGUUUUAGAAUAAACUGUUAGAAAUCUUUCUUACAAACAAA